AUAUAUUCACACCAGUGCGCAUGAGCGCGUCUUAUGUUUAUGGCAUUUUCCAAACGUUUAAAAAAAAAAUAAAAAAAGAAAAUACUGUGAUUAAAACGUGAAUUUUGUAUUUUUCACAAGUUCCAUUAAUCAAUAAAAAUGAAUGAAGUAACACUACCUCCUUCGCCAAAUUGGUACCUGAAUAAUGUAAUGUCUUGCUCAAAAAAUGGAACAAUUGCUUGGGGUUCCAGACAUACAAUUGUCAUUGGUCAUCAAAAAGAGAAUAGUAAAAUACUCGAAUAUUCAAUUAUUUUAAAUGCUCAUUCAGAGCGUGUGACUUCAUUAUGUUUAUCACCUGAAUUCGAAGAAAAUGCUGAGAAACGUCUUUUAGUUUCGGCAGGAGAUGAUCAUAUCGUUAAAAUUUGGAAAGUUGACAAUCUCACAUCAACUUUGACAAAUUCUAUUUUAGACGCGAAACAAAAAGUAAUUGGCGUUGAUUGGUCGAAGAAUGAUCCAAAUUUAAUUUGUUACGUGAGUUCGGAAGGUUUUCUUGUUAAUUGGAAUAUUGCCUUUGAUACAAAUCAAAUAAUACCAAUGGGAAAAUUAACACCAACUUGUAUAGCAUGUUGUCCUCAUGAUCAAAAUCUCGUGGCUUUAGGCUCAAAAAAAGGAACAGUUUUAAUAGUUAAUAUUCAAGGAUCAGGAUCUAUAAUUUAUAAUUUAAGAGGUCAUGAUGUUGAAGUUGUGAGUUUAUCCUGGUGUCCUGUUAGUUCCAAUGUUUUCAUUGAAAAUGGAGCAAGAGAUUUGCUUCUUGCUUCCGGUGGAAAAGACAGAUCCAUAUUUUUUUGGCGUGCUGGAGGUGAUGGAAGAUAUCAAUGUCAAAUAAUGCUACCACCAAAUCCAAUGGAUUCACAAAAACAUCGUUCAAAACUUGGCGCUGGUUCAUUUAAUUGGACUGCACUUUGUUGGGUGGAAGCAAAAUUAAUUUUAAUAAGUUCUGCAUUUGGUGAAUUAAUAUCUUGGGAUUUGACAAAAUUAAGUGGCAAAAAUAAACCCAUUUAUCAAUCAAUUCAUUCGUGUCAUAAUCGUGGAUUAUUUUGUAUCGCGACACACAUUCAAAUUGAGGAUAAAGAUUGUCAACAAAAUUGGAGGGAAAAAAACUCAAGGAGAAUAUGGACAUUGGGCCAAGAUCGUCAGGUGAUUUGUUGUGAUUUAUUAGAAGACAAAUCGACAAUUGAAUAUCGAAUUCCCACACAGGGAGGAUAUGUUUAUUGUCUUGCUGCUUGUCCUCUUGAUACAACACAAAUUGCAUUUGGCUCUGGUGAUGCAAUGUUGCGAAUUUGGAAUUUAUCCGAACCACAUGAGUCUUAUUUUGAAAUUUCAACACUUUGGCAGAAAAUAAUGGGAAAAGUCAGAGCCCUAUCAUGGCAUCCGGAGAAGGAAAAUCUUCUUGCUUUUGGAACUGGAGAAGGACGCAUUGGAAUUUACGACACAAAUGCAACAAAACCACCUCUUUUAUAUAGACAAUAUCAUAGAAAUUGUAUUUAUUCCCUUCAUUGGGGACCAGCUCCAGAUGUUCAAUUAUAUGCAUUAUAUUCAUGCGGUGAUGGCGAAUUAGUUUUUUAUAAUCCUGAAAAUCCAGAUAAGGAUCCAAAAUCGGUGAUAAAAAAAGAUUGCACUGAAUUCGCAUGGAAACCAAAUUAUUCAUGUAUGGCUGUUGGUUUUGAGCAUGGAAAAAUUUCCUUCUUUGAUCGAAAUUUAAAAGAAUUGGAUAAUUGUAUUUAUAAUCCUUUAAGAACAGCUGUUCAUUGUUUAGUUUGGCAUCCAGAAAGUACAGAAACCGAUUUAUUAAUGUCACCAUUACAAAAUUAUUUAGCUGUUGCUUUUAAUAGUUCAGUGAUAACUAUUUUUGAUAUUUGCGAUUUGAAUGUAAAUACAGAGGAAAAGGAAAAUAAAGAAGAGGCAACGACGACGGAAUCGACAGCUUUUUAUAAAACAGUCGCUACUUUAUCGGGACAUACGGAAAAAGUUGUUUCUCUCGUUUGGAGUCCACAUCAAAGUGGAUUUUUAGCUUCUGGAAGUUAUGAUAAUACAGUUCAGAUUUGGAAAGUGGAGACACAAGAAAUAAUUGGUACAUUCACAGGACAUUUGGGUCCAGUUUUCUCAUGUAUGUGGAGUCCACUUGAUCCAGAUUAUUUAAUAUCAGGUUCAGCUGAUUUUACUGUACAAAUAUGGAAAAUUUCCGAACAAGAAGCAAUUAUGCCCACGGAAAAGCCAACAUCAAGAAAAAUAAAAACAAAAAAGAAGAAAAAUCAUAUUGACAAAUCAUCUUCAAUUGUAAAGAAUAAUGAAAAUGAAGAUGAAAUUUCAAAAAUGAAAUCAAGUGAAUCACAAAAUUCAAUAAAUGCUGAGAAGAAGAAUAAUAAUUCAAAGAAAGAUUCCAAAAAACGAGCAUAUUUUCCAAUUUAUAGUAAACGUUUAAAUAGUAAAACAGCUAUUUUAGCUUCAAUAAGAACACUUUUAAAAAGUAUUAAAGGAGAAAAUGAAUCGGAAGAUGAGUGUAAAAAACAAGAAGCUGAUGAUAAUAAAAAUGGUGAAAAUAGUGAAGAUGUUGGAGAUGGUAAAAAUGAAGAAAAUAAGGAGAGAAAGGAAAAAGUAGAAGAAAAAUUAGAGACAAAUGAAAAUAACGAUACGAUGGAAUCUAAUGAAAAUGAUAAAACAUUAGAAACAAAUGAGACAAAUGUCCCUUCUAUUUUUGCUGGAAAGGAACAAAUUUUAGAUAUUAUCAAAGAAGAAAAACCAUAUUUGAAUUCUCGUGGUCAAUAUAAUGCAGUAUUAGAAUUGGACGUUUGGUGUAAUAAAUUGAUGGAAACUUUGAAAGAUGCUGUUAAAGAAAAAAGAUUAACCGAUUAUCUUGUCUCGCUUGCUCCAUCGUUGUCAAUGAAAACUUGGCAGGAAAUGUGCGAAGCUUACGCAAUGCAAUUGAUAACCGAUGGUCAUAUUAAUAAAGCCGUUUGUUAUUUAUUGAAAAUACAUCGAAUUCAUCAGGCGGUUGGAGCAUUUUUUAAUGCGAAAAUGUAUAAAGAAGCUUAUGCACUUGCCACAUUGAAAUUAGAUCCUCAAGAUCCGCUGGUUGAGAAUAUUUUACGAGAUUGGGCCAUAACCGCUACAAGAGAGGGAGGUUUCGAAGACGCUGUUCAAUGUUACGUGAAGUUAAAAGAUUUCAAAAAAGCCGCACAAUUAUUGUCGCGACGUAAAGAAAUUCCUUUUUUGAAUUUAGCCGCCGAAUUGGCUGAAAUGGGCAAUGAUUUUCAAUUAAGUGAUUCACUUGCAGAACAAGCGGUGAAUGAAUCUCUUUUAAUUGCCGAUUUUGAAACAGCAAAUGCAAUAACGAAAAAAUAUUCACGAAUUUAUCAUCGUCAAAUUCAUGUGAAUACACUUAAAGUUAUAAAAAUAGCUCUUGAAAAUACAAGUUCAAAAACAAUUUGCGAUUGGAUUGAAGGAAAAUCGAAAAUUUGUGGAAUAUUGGAAAAUUUAAAUAAAAAUUUCUCUAAAAAUACAGAAUUAUAUAUUGAACUUGGAAAAUCAAUUUUUAAUGCACCUCCAAAAUGUGAGGCCGAGUUGUGGAUAAAUGUCAGUCAUCAAAUAUCAUUGGCAAUUGUUGGAGAAAAUGAAAAUCAACUUUUAAAACAUAUUUUAAUUGCUCUGCAAAUGAUUUGUUCUUAUGAAAAAACACAAUAUCAUCGUGAUGAAACCACAGAGAGUUUAUUAUUGAAAUUCUUGUCAAUUUUAGAAUGUAAAGAUCCAUCAAAUGAAAAUAGUUUAUUUUCAAAAAAAACUGAAAGAACGAAAGCUCUACGUGCUUAUUUAUGUUAUGGUUUUUUAAAUUGGUUUACGGAAGAAAAUUUAAGAAAAGAAGAUUCAGAAAAAAAUUAUGAAAUUAUAAUCAAUACAAUUGAAAAAUAUAUUAAGGACGUUUUAGAUAAAGAAGCUGUUAAACAUUGGACGGAAGUUAAUGAAAUUGUUAAACUCGAGGCUUCACUUGCUCUCAAUAUAGGAAAAACUCAAACUCCAGAGGACGAAAAAUUGGAACCUGCAUUGAGUGUUGAACGAUUGGAUCGUUUAAGAUUUGAGGGUAAACAAUUUUUAGAAAAUCGAGUUUCAACUCCAAAUCCAAUGGACGCCUAUGUAGCAUCAUUUGAUUUUAUUAAUCAAAUUUCAAAUGAAAAUGUGAAAAUUGCCAUUAAAAAAUUAAUAGACAAUGCUUGGCAAGAGGCUGCCGUUUAAUUUAUGUUUUUUUUCUUCUUCUUUUUUUUGUAAAUACGUUUAAUAAUGAAUUUUAAAAUCAUCAUUUCUUUUUACAACUUUAAAUGAUUAAAAAAAAAAAAAUAUUGGCAUGAAAAACGUAAAUAUCAAAUAAAUUGUUUUUUUUUUUAAAUUUAAAAGACAAAAUUGAUUUUUAUUUUUAAUAUAAAAAAAUAAUUAUUGUGGAAAUUAAUAAUACACAAAUUUAUUUAGCAAUAUUUUAUUUUACCUUAAAAAUAAAUCAAGCAUUUAUUUUUUCUGUUCUUUGCUUGGUUUCGCUUGACGCUUUAACCUGAAGAAUGCGGAUGUUCUUAAUUUGUUGCGAAUUUGUUUUGCCUUUCGCAAUUUGAAAC